UGGCUGAAUUUCCUCAAGCCUGUGUAGAAUAUGGAGGCUAUAUGGAUUAAACCUGGGGUCUCAUAGCAGUAACACAGUUGUUUCUCUUCGGCUGCUGCCAAACCCACGGGGUCUAAUACUCUAUACAAUGUUUGAUAACGCAAUAUAUCCUGGUUACUCUUUGAUUGUGGGACUACUAAGCAAAUAUUUGACAUGUUACAGUGAUUCAACAGUGAAGCAUGGCAAUGCCAGAUAUUCUCUCCCUUUAAGAAAGGAAUGGAACAACACAAGUUUCCUGACGAUAUGGCAGUUAAGGAGGUCUGUGAAAGUGUUUCAGCAGAGGACACUGUGAAGACAGGGCCAGACACUCCCUUUCUUUUAGAAGAAUGUGAGAAAGAGAAGGAGCCCUGGAAAUCUUUGUUAAAAAGGAAGGUGGGAAAAAAGUGUUGCUGCACUCCCGAUCGAGCCAAAGCCCUGCUUGUAGAUUCCAUCCCAAUUCUGAAAUGGCUGCCUCGCUACCGCUUCAAAGACUGGAUUAUUGGAGAUGCCAUGUCAGGUUUAAUCGUGGGCAUCCUGUUGGUUCCCCAGUCCAUCGCUUAUUCUUUACUGGCAGAACAAGAUCCUAUUUAUGGCCUCUAUACGUCAUUCUUUGCAAGCAUUAUCUAUGCCCUACUUGGUUCCUCCAGGCAUAUCUCAGUAGGGAUGUUUGGGGUGCUGUGUCUGCUGGUGGGGCAGGUAGUUGACAGGGAACUUAUUCUGGCCGGAUACCCCUCAUCCACCAAUCAGACCUUUCCUGUAAAUGUGGAAAACACCACCGGUCCAGUCUGUGACAGAAGUUGCUAUGCAAUCAUGGUGGGAGCGACGCUAACGUUCACAGCAGGUGUCUAUCAGGUGUUGAUGGGUCUCCUACAGGUUGGAUUCGUGUCAGUCUUCCUCUCUGACUCUCUGUUGAGUGGUUUUGCUACCGGCGCUUCUCUCACCAUCCUCACAUCUCAGAUAAAGUAUUUUUUGGGCCUUCAUCUUCCUCGGGUACAAGGCUGGGGCUCACUCAUAAGAACCUGGAUCAAUCUUUUCAAGAAUCUGGGACAUACCAAUGUAUGUGACCUCGUAACCAGUAUCCUCUGCUUGCUCCUGCUUGUGCCUACCAAGGAGCUAAAUGACCGCUUCAAGGCAAAACUCAAAGCCCCAAUCCCCUUUGAGCUCUUUGUGGUCAUUGCUGCUACUCUAGCUUCCCAUUUUGGUCAGUUCAAUGAAAAGUACGGGUCUGAUGUAGCCGGAUACAUUCCCACUGGAUUUAUGACUCCACAGGUACCAAACUGGUAUCUCAUACCCAACAUAGCUGUCGAUGCCUUCUCAAUAGCCAUUGUUGGUUUUGCCAUUACCGUUUCUCUGUCUGAGAUGUUUGCCAAGAAGCACGGUUAUGUGGUGGAUGCUAACCAGGAGAUGUAUGCUCUGGGGUUUUGUAAUAUUAUCCCAUCCUUCUUCCAUUGUUUCACGACCAGUGCUGCUUUGACCAAGACUUUGGUGAAGGAGUCAACUGGUUGCCAGACUCAGCUCUCAGGGUUGGUGACUGCUAUAGUGCUGCUGCUUGUCCUGCUUGUUAUUGCCCCUCUUUUCUACUCGUUGCAGAAAUGUGUGUUGGCCGUCAUCAUAGUCGUCAACCUCCGUGGAGCGCUGCGAAAGUUCGGAGACAUUCCCCAAAUGUGGCGUGUAAAUCGCAUAGAUGCAAUCAUCUGGCUGGUUACAAUGGCUACCUCCGCAUUAGUAAACACUGAGCUGGGCCUACUAGUUGGAGUUCUCUUAUCUUCGUUCUGCGUGUUAGGACGAACGCAGUGUGCACAGGUCCUUCAGCUUGGCCAAGCUGGAGAUCGCGAUCUAUUUGAGGACCUUGAGUCAUAUAAGGGCCUUCAUACCCAACAAGGGGUGGCUGUUUUCCGCUACGAGGCUCCCAUCUACUACGCCAACCAAGCUCUGUUUAAAAAGUCACUGUACCGAAAAGUAGGACUGGAUCCACUCAAAGAAAAGGCCAGGCGUAAGAAACUGGACAAGCGGAAGAAACAGGAACAGGGUGGAGAAGAACAAAAGCGAGAGAUUGAAGCGUCCACCAAUGUGUUUUUAGUACAGCACACAACUUUUCAUACGUUAAUCAUAGACUGCAGUACAAUGCUGUUUCUGGACACUGCUGGAGUCAACGCUUUGAAAGAGGUUUGCAAGGACUACAAGGAGCUGGGUGUGUGUGUACUUUUGGUGCAGGUCAACACAUCUGUCGUUGAUUCUUUGAGGAGGGGCGGCUACUAUGACCCAAAGAAUGAUUCCAAAGAUGUACAGUUUUUCACUGUUGGCCAUGCAAUCUCAUAUGCCCAAAGCUUGAAGUCACAGAAUGGAGAUUGUGACACUGUUGUGUAAUGCUCUUUGUUGAUUUAUAAACAGUUUGCAAUUAAUAUUGGUCUCUCUUGACAUCAUACAGAGAUUUAUAUAUAACUAUUGAAAAAUAUAAAUUAAUUUAAUGAUCUCUGUAUAAAUGGAUGGACAUCUUGUGUUUACAGCACACUUGCAGUUGAAAACCAAACCAUUAUGUGUUUCAUUUAUGUAUCGUGUAGUACUUUUACUCACCAAUUUACAACUGUUAUCCUUAAAUUAAAGGUAUUUUGUAUCUCACGACCUUCCCCUAGUCCUAGGGAUGAGCAGAUAGAAGUUAACGGCGUAAUGCUAAAUAGUUGAACACAUUUUAAUUGUUUAUGCUUUGUUUUCAAUGGCCCAUUCUCAUGAAUAGAAUCUGUUUAUGCUUAAGCUUCUAUGUUUACUUUUAUGAACUCCCACAUUCAGUUUGUUGCUCAUCCUACAGCCAGAAUUGUGUAAUAUAAUUUCAUUUGUGACAUUUACUCAGCUUCAUGGGUAAUUUGAAAUGGGUAAUCUAUGUUGAAUGGCUAAACCUGGGUAACCUAGAGAUUGUAGCCAGGAUGAAAGUUUUACUCUUUCAGCCAGUCACCAGAUAUUUACUCAAUUUUAGGAGCAUCAGAGAGUGUGCCCAUGUGCCUUAUCACUAUGGCAUCUUUUGGAAAAUGUGGCCUUUGUUACCUAACUACAGACUUUUCUCAAGGCACGCCCAGCAAGUUUGGUGAGGACUUUUUUUACCCUGUGCUUUUGUAUAGUAAAGGUGGCCUCAGGUAGAUCAUAUUUUUGCAUUCAUGUCUUACCGGUUCCACAAGUCUUAAAGAACAGGAAAUUCCACAGGAUGAUCAGGAGGGAGGUUUCCAACAGUUAAUGCAUACUAAACUCACGCUUAGGGAACUGAAGACAAUCUGUCCCUCUGUUGAGUGAAUUGGAGAGCAGGGUUAUAAAUACAGAUGAUCAUUCUAAAAUGCCUCAAUAAAGUUUGUACACAAAUAGAAAUACAUGUAUAAUAUUGUAUGUCAACAUAUUUUAUGCCUUAUAGUGCACAUUAGGAAUAACAGCAGUGGUAUUAUCUUAUAUUGUGGCUAUGAUGGUAGUUCAAGGCCUUUACAUUUCUUCCAAGUGCUAAUGCUUGGGACACUGUUUAUCGUGUGCAGAGAUUUGUAACAAAUUGCAGGGCCCUCACUCAUCAUUGUAUGCUCUAUGCUCGUGUUGGUUGUUCUGCUUUGUCCAGACUAAAACACUGGCAUGUCUUAGUAUAUAAUUCUAUCUUGGGUCAGCUUCCCUCUUAUUUGCAGAUAAAAAGCAUGUAGGGGGUUAUAAUCUUCAGUCAGAAGAACUUUUUUGCUGUCUGUUCCGAGUGUGCGAACUGAAAUGGGGCAAAGUGCAUUUAAAUUUGUUGCUCCCACUGCACAACUUGAAAAACAAGUUGUAAUUUGUGAGCUGGUCUCGAUGGAUGUUUUUAAAGUGAUGUAAAAUGAACUGGAACAGAAACUGCUUCGAGGUGCUUUGUUUAAUUUUUUAUUUUGAUAUGAUUUAAUUUUUUGUGUAAUGUGUGUACGGAUGGAUCUUGCUUAUGCACCCACAUGUGCUAUGUUGCUAAAAUCUUGGCCAGGAUGCUCUUGUAAAAGAGAUUUUAAAUCUCAAUGUGCUUUUCCUGGUAAAAUAAACUUAUAAUAAUAAUAUUUAUUGAAACCUUAAAGAAUCUCAAUGCUUUUGAAGAUUGUUUCUAUGCAUCUUAAGUGUUGUAAUCAGCUCUACUUGAUUGUUACAGAUAUAUUUUGUAUUCUUAAAAUAUCUAAACACAAAUUCAGGUAUUGUCAUAUAUGCAACUUGUGUCAAUGUGAAAACAAGACUUCUUGUUGUAUUUAUUUGAUAAAAUAUGCAGGAAACAGUGGAUAUGUUUAUAACAAAUGUGCCUUUUUGUCUUUUAGUUUGUAAUGUGUAUUUAUUAUUACAUUGUUAAAUAAAGGGUUUGUCACGAAA